GCGUCGUGAUCUUCUUUGUUUUCCAAAACUAUAGCAGGGCUUUUGUUUGUAUAACAUGAGAAAAGGUGGGGGCGCUAGAAGAUAUGGCAGCUGGCAAGGUCAGAAAGCGACCAAAACCGAAGUCGCGACCUGUUGCCCCAGCGUGGAGCGGUGUUGAUAUUAGUCGCGAAGUAGCAGACGCUUCUGCUACUGCUAGCGACCCCAACACUCCGGCGGCAGUUUCGAUCACAGCAGCAACAUCUUCAGCGUCUUCGUCUAGUAGCAGUGUACAAAUACAACCGGAAGCCCCGCCAGAUGCUGUCUCGGAUUUCUUCAAGUUGCCCGCGAAAGAGUUCCUCCGGAAGUACAACAGCGAUCGGCAUUAUGCUCUAGCACUUCUAGCACAAGAGGGCGCGGCCCGUACGGCUUGGCAAUGGGCAGAGAGAGUGGACGUUGCGGGAGUAGGCUGCAGAAUGGAAGCAGAUGAAACUACUAGGGCAUGCCUCAUCGAGUGUGACAAGAUUGCAUCGACCUGGAAACAAGCAAAGUGGUGCAGUAGCGACGCAAAGUUCUUGGUCUUCAGUCCACGCAUCUCCAGCGAGCGCCCAGCUGUGGUUCCUUUGCUGACUUGUUUGAUGAUCUUCCCACCGAACCACAAGAGCAAAGAAGUUUCGCUUCAUUUUGAAAUAGCGAGCAAGGUGCUGGACGAGGUGAA